GGAUAGCUAACAGAAAAAGAAAGUGCGGAAAAAAAGAGAGCAUAGAGGGAACGAAGUGCGGUUUUGCAUUGUGUUUCUUUUGUUCUGUUCUUGAAAAACAAAAACCAUACUGUAAAUAAAAUAAAAUAAAUAGGAGCGGAAGAAGGAACAAAGGAGGAAGAAUUCGGAAGAAAGACACAACAAGCUUUGGUGAUCAAUGGGGUCUGCAAUUAGCAAAGGCGUAGAUGACCUUGGAAAUUCUGUAGGCAGUGCUUUUACUGCUCCAUUCAAGAGUGUAUUUGGUGGAUCAUGCGAGGAAAUAUGUUCAGGACCAUUGGAUGUCAUGUGUUUCAUUGAACAUUUCUGUAUCUCCAGCCUAGUCAAACUAUUGAUGAUUUUGGUUGUAUGCUACAUAUGUUUGUUGUUCAUGUACUCCUUGUUCAGACUUGGUAUAUGUCAAUGCAUAGGAAGAAGCCUUUGUAAGAUGGGUUGUGUCACUUGUGAACUAUGCUGCUAUACUUUACAAAGUAUCACAUGUAACUUGUGGCACAAGCUAACAAACACAAAGAGAGUUUACCGUGGAAGAAGACGUCGUUUUCAACAUGAUAUUGAGCUUGGCUACACCUCACCCUCAACUGAUCAUGAGAGCAAUAAUUCGCGUGAUUACAGAAGUCAUCGUUUUGGAAGAAAUAGAAAAUCUUUGAGAUUGAGAGAAAGAAGUAGAAGAAAUGGUCACUCUGUACGCCUCUCAAGGAUGAAAGGGAAGUCUUGGAGAGUGAAGAGCUCAAGAAAGAUUCAAUUAAGUAAAGUCAGGAAUCGAAGUGGAAAACCUGCGAUUAUAAGAAGGCGACGCCUUAAACGAUGAUUCGACAUAGAUUUUCCUUAAGUCUUUACAGCUUAUCUAUAACAUGCUUUGCAAAAGUUCAUUUUAACUAUGGAUUUGACUUAUUUCACCAAGCAUGGUGAUGAACAGAUAUGCAUAAUAGCAGAAUUAUUAUGGAAUUUGAUGGAUUUUAGGAACCAUGCAUGAUUUUCCAUUGGGACAAGCUUAAGAUGGUGCUGCUUUAAUUUGCUUGCUGCAAAGAAAUUCUAGCAGUCACAUGUUAAUGUUGGCAAUGGCUUGUAGCGAGUUACUUGAUAAUUUAAAAUAAA